UUGUAGGCUGCUGUAGUGUGGAUCUGGAGUGUUCCCCGAAGACUCACGUUUUCUAAAGUUUUGAUCCUCUCUGUGGCAUUGGGAACUGGUAGAAACUAAGAGCACAUGCUGUUGUCUGCUUGAAGUGUCCACUUAAACAACUCCUGUUUCUUCUCAAGACUGAACACCAUUUGAAUGUCUACGGAACCUUGGCCUGAAAAUGCGACCUUAUAUCAACAACUGAGAGGGGAGCAAAUUUUGCUUUCUGACAAUGCAGCAUCUCUUGCUGUGCAGGCCUUUUUGCAAAUGUGUAAUCUGCCUGUCAAAGUGGUGUGUAGGGCAAAUGCAGAAUAUAUGUCUCCCUCUGGAAAAGUACCUUUUAUUCAUGUGGGAAAUCAAGUAGUGUCAGAACUUGGUCCUAUCGUCCAGUUCGUUAAAGCCAAGGGCCAUUCUCUUAGUGAUGGGUUGGAUGAAGUCCAAAAAGCAGAAAUGAAAGCUUACAUGGAAUUAGUCAACAAUAUGCUGUUAACUGCAGAGCUGUAUCUCCAGUGGUGUGAUGAAGCUACAGUAGGGGAGAUCACUCAUGCUAGGUAUGGAUCUCCGUACCCUUGGCCUUUGAACCACAUUUUGGCCUAUCAGAAGCAGUGGGAAGUCAAACGUAAGAUGAAAGCUAUUGGAUGGGGGAACAAGACUCUGGACCAGGUCUUAGAAGAUGUAGACCAGUGCUGUCAAGCCCUUUCUCAGAGACUGGGAACACAACCUUAUUUCUUCAAUAAGCAACCUACUGAACUUGAUGCUCUGGUGUUUGGCCAUUUGUACACCAUUCUUACCACACAGUUGACCAGUGAUGAACUUUCUGAGAAGGUGAAACACUAUACCAACCUCCUUGCUUUCUGCAGAAGAAUUGAACAGCACUAUUUUGAAGAUCGGGGUAAAGGCAGGUUGUCUUAGAGUUGUAUGUCAGUUAUUAUUUUAAAAAAAAUUUAACUUUUGAAAUAUGUAUUACUUGAACAAUAUAAUAAGAGAUAAUACUUUCAAAACCAAAAACACUGUUUUUUGAAACCUCAAAAAAAUUGCAUAAUGUCAUAUACAUGUUCUUUAUACUGUUAUUUGUGUCCACCUUGUUUUGAAUUAUUUGAUUUGUUACAUUGUAUUCUAUAUCUUGACAUUUUAUUUCUUUAUGAUCAUAUACAAAUAAACCUUAAGCAAAUGUG